AUGCUUAAUAGAGCGUACGAUCCCGCAGAUAAUGGCAAAUUUGAUGUCAAUGCUGUCAGCAACAUUCGCAACGCUAAUCAAGCCGGCCUUGGAACAGAAGUGUUUAUGACACCAUUUCCUCGUUCAAACAAAAAGGGUGGAGAGCAGUUUAGAGAACUUUAUGAGGGACUGAAGGAUGGAAAAAUUGACGUGAGGAUGGUCUGGUUGCAGGUAACCUCGCAUGUUAAUUGGAGACCCAACAGCAAUGAAAAUAUUUACUUCCUCAAUGACAUCAAAGCCAUGGCUAUGUGCUAUGCCGUCAGAAUUGGUUUCUACAACAAUGUUUACGACUGGAAUCAGAUCGCCAAGGGAGCUACGGUCGAGAGAGCUAUGCUAUGGUGCUGGAAUGUUAAUGGUGGAGGACCUAGCGGUGGGACCCCUGCCAACUUUGACGACUUCCUCCAUUCUGAAUUCACGAAACCGACGAUAAAACAACUUGGACAAAUGGAACACGCAUGUGGAGUCACAGUCAACAAGUAA